AUGAAAACCAAGGUCCGCCCAAAUCCUAUGUCCGAGGCCGGCAUGCACGCAAUAACCAACGUGAAUGCGGAGAAGGUGUCUGACGGGUUGCCGAACGGAGUCGACAACAAUGACCAGGAGAACACGCAGAUUGACAACGUGGAUUUUGGUCUGUUUAACAACGAGGUUCAUCAACAGGUGAACAAUCUGAAUAAAGGGUUAUCUGUUGUGAAGACCGCGGUGGAUCAACUCGCCGUGACAUUCAACCAAUAUGGAGAAAUGGUCAAGACGGUAGACGAAAGAUACCGUUCAGGUCAAGAUCUUGAGCUACAGAUUCAGGAACUGGAGCAACAGUACGAAUUUCUCGACAGGAAAAUGCAGCAGGUGAAGCAGAGUCACAAAGUGCAGCUACGGAACGAACUAAAACAACAUGAGAAAGAAAUCUCAGGCCUCAAAGAACAGGCAAAGUCAGGACAACGGGAAAAGGAAAAAUAUGAGGCAAUGAUUCUGGACUUGAAGAAGGAGCACGAGAGCGCCCUGAAGGAUGCACGGGAUGACCUCGAGACAAAGAAAAAACAGGUGGAGCAGGAGAACGCGGACCGCGUUGCCAAGCUGGAAGCAGAAAACAAGGCACUUGAGGAGAAGCUGACGGCGACCGAGCAACAGCUCGAGGAGAAGAUCAAGAUGCACAACGAGGAAAAGGAACUCCGCGCAACGAUGCAGAGCAAAGCCGACGCCGAAAUUCAAGAUCUCCAAAAGGCUCUCGCGAGCGUGAAGGGCAAGUAUGAAGUGCAGAGACUGCCCGUGGAACACUACGCGCAGCGAUACACAGCUCUGGUUGACUCGGUGGCUAAGCUUACCCACGAAUAUUUCUCCGAGCUACCGGAAGAAGCGUUAGAUGAUCCGACGUACACAUAUAAACAACUCAGAAAGAAACGGAGCACCUUUGACCCGGUCCCCAUUACCCAGUCCGAAUGUGCUCGGGUUCUUCGACUGGGCAUUGUGCAAAACAUUAUUUUCAACGCGAUCCGCGAGACCGUGUGGCCGCCGUUCUUCUCUCGGAGCCUCUGGAAAAACAAAAAGGACCGAUCCCUCAUCUACGACAUCUACCUGCGGCUAGCCAGCGACGGCGAGGAGAUCCAGAAUGACUGGAAAGUGUCGACCCUGAAGGUUCUGGAUCGAAUGGACAAUGGCGUGGACGUCGGCGACAAGAUCGGCCUCGCGAUCGAGCUGCACGUCGUCCAGAUCCUCGAACCGCUGUUGGGUGAACGAAAGACCGAUUUCGGGAACGAACUAAAGAACAUCUUCGCCCGGGCCAUGGAGCUCAGCCAGGAAGCGCGGCGUGAUCGAUCCCCGGUCUGUUUCGACAUCAAUCCCUCGGCGGACAGCGGUAAAGGGUGGAAGGAGUUCAGCGAGGGGUUCGAUAUCGAGGAAGCUCCCAACCCGCCUCCAGUGGUCUUUAGAGAAAAACCUUUUGAGCCCGUGUGCGUGGUUCCGAGACUGUACCGCAAGCGCGACCCGACGGCGAGUCCAGAUGCCGCGGAAAACGAACUGGUGUACCCCGGGGUCGCCUUGUUUCCCAGCACCGGCAUUUUCAAACAAGGCAUGAUGGAGUGGGAAGGGCUGGUGCAGGCAGAACGAGAGAUCCGGAAAGCCUACAACGGCAAGGCCAGGAGAGCGAGUGCGGUUUCGUUCCCCACGGGCAUGGGUAUGGGUAUGUCGGCGCUGACCUCGCUGAGGCCGUCGACGACAUGGGCGGGUCCGCCAAUCGCCGAGUUCAAUUGA